CGGUGCGAGUCAAAGAGCCGCUCCGGCCCCGGCCCUGAGGGAAGCUCCAUAACUGCUGCUUCAGGAGCGCCCAGCCGUCGCCGCCGCCAUCUUCGCGCCCGGCCGCAGGGGCUCCUGGGAAGGCGGAGUCUUUGGGCAUCCGCCCGGGGUGACAGGACCCGAAGUCUUGAGGCGCGCCGGAAGGGCUAGCGGUCCCAGCAUACCCUGCGGCCCCUUGGGCCGUCUCACAACUCGCGUCCCACGGAGACCACAAUUCCCGGCAUUCGCGGGACGGGGAGGAGUCGGCCUCCCGGAAUCCUGGUCCCGACGUGCACUUCUGGAGGACUUCAGGUACCGGCGUGCCCCGCGUCCUACUGUCCGCCUGCUCGCGUCCUGGGUGCCGCCUCUGAGUAGGGCGGGCGAGGAGGCAGCCGAGGCGGAGCUGAUGGCUGCGCCGAGGGCGGGGCGGGGUGCAGGCUGGAGCCUUCGGGUAUGGCGGGCUUUGGGGGGCAUUCGCUGGGGGAGGAGACCCUGGUUGACCCCUGACCUCCGGGCCCUGCUGACGUCAGGAACUUCUGACCCCCGGGCCCGAGUGACUUAUGGGACCCCCAGUCUCUGGGCCCGGUUGUGUGUUGGGGUCCCUGAACCCCGAGCAUGUCUGACGUCUGGGACCCCGGGUCCCCGGGCACAACUGACUGCGGUGACCCCAGAUACCAGGACCCGGGAGGCCUCAGAGAACUCUGGAACCCGUUCGCGCGCCUGGCUGGCUGUGGCACUGGGCGCUGGGGGGGCAGUGCUGCUGUUGUUGUGGGGCGGGGGUCGGGGUCCUCCGGCCGUCCUCGCCGCCGUCCCUGGCCCGCCGCCCGCUUCUCCCCGGAGUCAGUACAACUUCAUCGCAGAUGUGGUGGAGAAGACAGCACCUGCCGUGGUCUAUAUCGAGAUCCUGGACCGGCACCCUUUCUUGGGCCGUGAAGUCCCUAUCUCGAACGGCUCAGGAUUCGUGGUGGCUGCCGAUGGGCUCAUUGUCACCAACGCCCAUGUGGUGGCUGAUCGGCGCAGAGUCCGUGUGAGACUGCUUAGCGGCGACACGUAUGAGGCCGUGGUCACAGCUGUGGAUCCCGUGGCAGACAUCGCAACGCUGAGGAUUCAGACUAAGGAGCCUCUCCCCACGCUGCCUCUGGGACGCUCAGCUGAUGUCCGGCAAGGGGAGUUUGUUGUUGCCAUGGGAAGUCCCUUUGCACUGCAGAACACGAUCACAUCCGGCAUUGUUAGCUCUGCUCAGCGUCCAGCCAGAGACCUGGGACUCCCCCAAACCAAUGUGGAAUACAUUCAGACGGAUGCAGCUAUUGAUUUUGGGAACUCUGGAGGUCCCCUGGUUAACCUGGAUGGAGAAGUGAUUGGAGUGAACACCAUGAAGGUCACAGCUGGAAUCUCCUUUGCCAUCCCUUCUGAUCGCCUUCGAGAGUUUCUGCAUCGUGGGGAAAAGAAGAAUUCCUCCUCUGGAAUCAGUGGGUCCCAGCGGCGCUACAUUGGGGUGAUGAUGCUGACCCUGAGUCCCAGCAUCCUUGCUGAACUACAGCUUCGAGAACCAAGCUUUCCUGAUGUUCAGCAUGGUGUACUCAUCCAUAAAGUCAUCCUGGGCUCCCCUGCACACCGGGCUGGUCUGCGGCCUGGUGAUGUGAUUUUGGCCAUUGGGGGGCAGAUGGUACACAAUGCUGAAGAUGUUUAUGAAGCUGUUCGAACCCAAUCCCAGCUGGCAGUGCAGAUCCGGCGGGGACGAGAAACACUGACCUUAUAUGUGACCCCUGAGGUCACAGAAUGAAUAGAUCACCAAGAGUAUGAGGCUCCUGCUCUGAUUUCCUCCUUGCCUUCCUGGCUGAGGCUCUGAGGGCGCCGGGACAGAGGGUUAAAUGAACCAGUGGGGGCAGGUCCCUCAAACCACCAGCACUGAUUCCAGGGCUCUAAAGAAUCACAGAAACACUUUUUAUAUAAAAUAAAAUUAUACCUAGCAA